GAGGAAGUCACCGGCAUCUGAACCACAGUAGGCAGUCGCCCUUUGCCUUUCAAGAAGACAAGAAUAGUACUGUGCCAGGAGUGAAUGGUAUCAAUUCCGACAACGUGAUUCCUCCGAAGCAACAGAAAGAAUAACUCAACACUUCUCAAAAUCCAUUGGUUGUCUCUGGGGUAGGUUCUUGAGGACGGAGCGCAAGGAAAAGGAAGAGAGGUUGUGAAGGGAAGCCCAGGUUGGUCCAGGACCUCCACCGCAGCAAUAGCACUGCGAACCAUUUCCGAUCAUGGCUUCCGACGAGCGCCAGGACUCGGCGCCCGAUUUGCGCAUCCUGGGUGACAGCGUUACCCUCCAGCCCAGCGGCUAUGUCGAACCCGCCUUCACCGGCGAGGAUAUCGGGGGCGAGGCGCUGAUGAAGAACAUGGCCCGCUUCCGUUCCGAGCCGUUGCGCUUUCUCCGCGAAAUCUCCCUCUACGUCUCAGGCACGGGCUGGCGCGCAUACGACAACGUCAUCGGCCAGCCUAUCUUCUACAAGGGCUUUACAGACCACAUCAAGACCCAGGUCAUGUCGGCGACGCUGCUGCAGACCAAGAUUUCACAGCUGGCCGAGAUGCGCGUCGCGGCCGAGGUGGAAGAGGGCCUGAUCAACAAGAACGACAAGGACUUUGCCAUCAAGAAAGCGCAGCGCCUGGCUGCGCUCGUCCAGGGGUUGCACGAAGUGGCGGAGAAGCUUACUGAUCAGAUGAUCUGCAAGUUCGAAAGCAAGGCUUUCAUCAGGAGCGCCUACUACCUGGUGACGCAGCUCUUGCUGCGAGCGUACCAUCAAGGCAUUCACGUCUCCAGCGAGGAGGUUCUGCGGCUGCGCAGCGUCGCCGAGGAAGCCGCGAGGAAUAAGCAGAGUAUUAUUUUCCUGCCGUGCCACCGGUCGCACGUCGACUAUGUCUCUAUGCAGCUGCUGUGUUACAGGCUUGGCCUGGCGCUCCCCGUCGUUGUUGCUGGAGACAACUUAAACUUUCCCCUGGUUGGUAGUUUCUUGCAGCAUGCCGGAGCCAUGUACAUCCGCAGAUCCUUUGGAGACGACCAGCUUUACACUGCCCUGGUCCAGUCCUACAUUGACGUCCUGCUGCAAGGCGGCUACAACCUGGAGUGCUUUAUCGAAGGUGGCCGGUCACGGACAGGGAAACUGCUCCCUCCCAAGUUUGGCAUAUUGAGUUUCGUGCUCGACAGCCUUCUCUCGGGCCGGGUCGAAGACGCCAUCGUCUGCCCCGUAAGCACCCAAUAUGACAAGGUGAUCGAAACCGAAGGUUACGUGACCGAGCUGCUAGGCAUGCCGAAGAAGCAGGAGAACCUGACCGAUUUCCUUACUGGUGGAUCGAGUAUUCUUUCGCUACGGUUAGGGAGGGUCGACGUGCGAUUCCACGAGCCGUGGAGCCUCAGGGCGUUCAUCAACCAGCAACUCAGUAAAAUAUCCCACAUCUCGUUCGGGAUCAAGGUAGACUGGAAGGAUGUCAAAAACCAGGCCAUCCGGCAAAAGCUGCUGCGGACGCUGGGCUACAAGGUGCUGGCUGACAUCAAUGCUGUGUCGGUCGUCAUGCCAACAGCGCUGAUCGGGACUGUCCUCCUGACACUUCGUGGCCGGGGUGUCGGGAGAAACGAGUUGACCCGCCGCGUUGAGUGGCUUACAAAUAGAAUUAGGGCGAAAGGAGGGCGCGUCGCGCAUUUCGGCAACGCCCCAAUAUGCGACGUCGUGGAGCGCGGCUUGGAGGUGCUGGGCAAAGACCUCGUGGGCGUCGUCGAAGGGCUCGCCGAGCCGACUUACUACGCCGUCGACCGCUUCCAGUUGUCAUUCUAUCGGAACAUGACCAUCCACCUGUUCAUUUCGGAGUCACUGGUCGCCGCGGCGCUGUACACGCGAGUCAAGCAGGGUGGUGGGCCGUCCAUGCAGGACAUGCCGUACCAGGAUCUGUACGACCAAGUCUUCUUCCUUUCGUCGCUCUUCCGCGGCGAGUUCAUCUACUCGGGCAAGGGGCUCGCCGCCAACCUGGAGAAGACGGUUCUCGAACUGGAGGCGGAAAACGUCAUCCUCAUUGAGCGCGACGAGGAAGGACGCAUCACCAAGAUCGGCCUCUCCGGCGCGGAACGGGCCGCAGGACGAGAGAACUUUGACUUUUACUGCUUCUUGAUCUGGCCGUUCAUCGAGGCAAGCUGGCUGGCCGCCGUCUCGCUGAUGGGUUUGACUCCACCACUCGGCCAGGAGAAUGACAUCUGGAUCCAGGUAUCCAAAGCGCAGGAGAGCGCACAAUUGCUAGGCAAGACCCUCUACCACCAAGGCGACCUCUCCUACUUCGAAGCCGUCAAUAAGGAGACCCUCAAAAACUCGUACCAGCGCUUCGAAGAAGAGGGCAUCAUCCAGGUGAUCCGCUCAAAGGACCCGCGCAUCCCGGCGAGGUUACGCAUCGCGCCCUACUGGCAGCCCGGGCGGGACGAAAAGACGGGAAGGAUCCUCGCGUCGGGGAGAUUGUGGGAUUUCACGGAAAAUAUUGCGUCGAGCCGGCGCGAGGGCAAGAAUAGGCGCGAUGGGGCUACCGUUAGCACGAGGGUGCUUUCGCUGACGGAUAUGUUGGGGAGGAAGCUGUUUGAGGAUGCUGUGAGGGGGGAGCAGGAGGGGGCGAAAGGGGGAAAGAAGGGGAAGGGGGUGCCUACGCCUGCGCGGCUGAGUGAUGAGGAGCAGAGGAGUGUGGAUCGGACCGAGGUGGAGAGGAGGAGGCGGCGGAGGUUGGAGGAGAGGUCGAAGCUGUGAGGGUGAGGUGCAGUUGGUGCUGUUCUUGUUGAUGUUUCCUGUCAUGAAACGAGUUGUAAUGAGCUUUGGGAAGAGGGGCGGGCUGAUGCAUGUUUUCGGUUACUGGUGUUGGAAGAGUGGGCGUUUCACGACACGACUAGAAUAGAUAUUGGCGGGAGUCGUUUUAUAGGGGCUGUACUCUUGACACCUGUAUACAAUCGCUACCCACAAUAUACGGAUAGAAGGG